AUGAUUAAUGAAAAUCACAAAGGAGACAUAAAAAUUGAUAAUAAAUUAAUAGAUAUACAAUUUUUAAAUGACAACAUAAAAAAGUAUGAUAGACAUAAUUUAAGAACUACGUUAAGAAAAUAUAUACGUGAUAAUAACAGGUUAUUAAAUUAUUAUAAAUUUAAUGAAAUUGUAAAUAAUUUUGAAAAUUUUAAAAAUGUUUUCAUUAUAUAUACCAAUAGCUUUUUACAAAAGAAUAAGAUUUUCAAUUAUACUUUUCGAUAUUCUAAAAUUAUAAAAAUAUUAUAUUUAAAUAAAAAAGGGAAACGAUUAAUAUAUGGAGAUAAUUAUAUUAAAGAUACGGCAUUAAAUUUAAAUAAAAAUGAUGCUAAUCAAAAAAAACUUGGUUUCUUAUUAGAUAAGAAUAAAAACAAAAAUAGAAGAAAUAAAGAGAAUAAGAAAAAUAAGAAAAAUAAAGAAAAUAAGGGAAAAGACAAAUUAACACAAGAUGAAGAUAAAGAGAAUUUAGGGUUUGAUAAAAAUGAAGAAAAUACUAAACAAUCAUAUAAUAACAAUGAAGAUAUAGAAAUACAUAAAUCUAUUCCUUCUAAUGAUGAUAAUAAAAAAAAAGAUUAUUUUAUAAAUUUUCAUUAUCAACUAAAAGAAAAAGAUAUAAACAAAUUAGAACAUAUUAUAUCUCAUAGUAAUAUAUCAUUACCUACCUUUAGUUAUUUUGAUAUAUAUUUAUUUAGUAAUAAUAAAAAAAUAAAAUAUGAAAUUAAUAAAAAGAAUAUUAAAUAUAUUGACAUCAACUCAGUUCUAUAUUGUUUAUAUAUAUCUGUUAUUAUAUCAUAUAUAUAUUUAAAUGAUUUCAGAAAUGCCUAUAUGAAAUUUUUUGAAUAUAUAUAUUUUAAAAGAAAAUUGAAAAAAUUACGAAAAAACUAUAAUGAAACUGAAAAAAGAAAGUUAAGAUUUAGUAGUCUUAUUUCAUCAGAUCUGAAAAGUAAAAUUUAUAAUUAUUAUGACGCAUUAUAUGAAAAAAGAGCUUCUGUUAUUAUGCAGAAAAUAAAAAGGGAUAAAAAAGGAAAUGCAAAAAAUUAUGAAAAAAUUGAGAGGCAGGAAGUAAAUAAAGAAAUAAAAACACAUGAGGAUAACAACAAUUCAGUUACUGAUUUUGAUAUAAUAAAAGGUCAAGAGAAAUUUAAUGAAUUUUCAAAAAAUAAAUUCAAUUUUUUAAAAAAAAACAACAAGAAAAUGAAGAAGAAAAAGAUAAAGAAGAAUGUUUCUAUCAAACAAGAUACAAAUAUAACACAUACUGAAAUAAACAUAAAAAAUGAUGAUCUUUAUAAUAAUGAUUAUAAACAUAGUGAUAAUAUUAUAAAUAAAUAUAAUUCACAAGAUAUGCAAAAUGAUAACCAACAUAUGGAUCAUAAAAAACAAAUGGAUGAUCAAAAUUUUAUAUUUCAUGAUGUACAUGAAAAUGUAAAUCAUAAGUGUGAUCUAUCCAAAAGAAAAAAUAAAAUAAAUAAAAAGUUUUUAUAUAGAAAAAAUAUGAAAAAAGAAGAAUCGAAAGUUAUUUCAAAAAAAAGAAAAACAAGAGAAGUUUUGCAGUUAGAUGAAUAUAUAUUAUACUUAAAAAUUAAAUAUAAAGAAAAGUCUCUUCAAAAUUUAACAAAUGCCUUAACGACAAUAUAUAUAAAUGAUAUAUAUUCAUACAUGAAACGAUUUAAAUCUAUAAUGAAUAUAGAACAUGAUGAAAAGAAAAAUAUGCUUAAAAAAGAGAGAAUAUUAAAAAAAUAUACUAAAAUGAAUGAUAAGAAAUAUUAUUCAUAUAAUUAUUUUUUUGAUGUAUUAAUAUAUUUUACAUAUUUUAAACAAAUAAAUAUAAUAGAAGGUUUAUUAAUUAUGGCCUUUAUAUGUAGUAAAUUAAAUUUUGUUAAUAUAAGUACAUAUAUUUACAAGAAUGUGUAUUUAUAUUUUUAUUUUAUCUUUGAAAAGUAUCAAAAAAAAAAUAAGAAGAAACCAUUCCAUAUAGGACAUGAAAUUAAUAAAUUUAGUUCAUUCAAAAUUAAAAAGAUGAAAGACAUCGAUUAUUUGAAUGAUCAAAAUAAUAUAUGUAUAAAAGAUAAUAAUCAAAUUUUGGACAAAACAAAUGAUGAUAAUUAUGUGAAAGAAAAUUUACAUAUAACGAAAAAAAAAAAAAAAAAGAGCAAAAUAAAUAUAAAUAAAAAAAAAACUCAAAAAAAAAAGAAAAAGAAGAAAAAAAAAGAAAUCACAGAAUUAUUUAAUGAUACAAAUAGUAAUGAAGAAGAAGCUGAUGUGAAUACAUAUGAAAAUUUCAAUAUUUCACAAUGUGUUGAUUCAAAAAAUUAUGAUAUAUAUAAGAAUUAUAGUAAUAUUAAUGAUUCUACAAGUUAUAACGUAAAAAAUGAGACAGCUAUUUAUAUAUAUGAAUAUUUAAUUCAUAUUUUAAAAGAUAAUAAAAAUUUUUAUAUGAUACAUGAUUUUCUAGAAGAAAAUAAGUAUUUCAAAAAUUGUAAUUAUAACUUUUUAAAUAAUUAUCUUAAUAUUGCAAAUGAUUAUAUAAUUAUAGCAACGAAGAUAAAAAAUGCAUUGUCAUUGAAUAAUAAACAUAUAUUUUAUGGUAUUAGAAAACAUAUAUUAAUUUAUUUAAAUUUAAUAAAUUAUGUAGAAACAAAAUAUAUAUUUUAUGAAAAUAAUUAUAAUUUAAAAAAUUUAGUUUAUCAUUUGUAUAUAGAUAAAAUUGUAAAAAGUUAUGAUUUCAAUUUAUAUACCUAUGAAAAAAAUUUGUACGUAUUAAGAAGAAUAUUAUUUUUGGAUAGUAAUAUAAAUAUAUAUCACUUAUAUAAUAAUUUUACUCUUAAUGAUAAUACAUUCAAAAGUAUUUUUUAUGCCAUAUAUGAAAACUUAAGUGUCCAUGAUACUUAUUUAAUUACAUAUCAGGAUAUGGACGAAAAAAAUCUGAGUAAGAGCAAUAAUUUAUUUAACAACACAAUAGAUGAUCAAAAUAUAUAUAUGGAUGAUGAUAAAACAAAAAAAAAAAAAAAAAAAAGUGUAUAUAUUACAAGUAAUACAACUGAUAUAUAUAAUCAUUAUAGAGAUAGUUUAAAUUUCUUUUUUAAUUUAAAAAUGAUCAAGAGGAAGAAAAAAAACGAUGAUGAUAAUGAUGAUACUAUAUACCAAUCUGUUAUGGGUCACAAUGAUACAUGUAGUAAUAAUAAAACUUCAGUUCAGUUUAAGUUUGAUAAUUUGGAAGAUAAUAAAAAAAUAAAAGAUGAUAACCAUAAUAAUUAUGAUAAUAAUAAUAAUAAUAAUUAUUAUUAUGAUAAUAAUAAUAAUAAUAAUAAUGAUAAUAAUAAUAGUAAUAACAAUAUAAUGUCAGAAAAGAAUAUUUUUCAAGGUGAAGACACAGAUAAAAAUAUAAAUAAUACAAUAAUAAAUAUAGAUGAUAAAAAGAAAAAAAAAAAAAAAAGUAAUUAUUUUUUAAAUUUUUACAACAAAAAGAUAUAUGAAAAAUAUAAUAAUAAAAGACAUAAAUCAGAAAUUAUCUUAAAUAUGUCAUAUAAUAAUAUGGAAAAUAUAAUAAAAACAAAAAAUAAUAGAAAUAAAAGCUUUUUCGUACCUAAGAAAAGUUCUUAUAAUAUAUUUCAUAAUAUAUUAUCAAAGAGGAACACAUAUAUAAAUAAUACAAACAAUGAUAAUAUUAUAAAUUAUAAAUAUUUUCCUUUUAAUUAUUAUAAAUAUUAUUAUUCAUAUGAUGAUCCAAUGAAUAAUGUAAAAAAUCAAAAUUUAAAAACAUAUUUCAAUUUUAAAAAUAAUCAACUUAAAUUAUUAAUAUAUAAUUUUUUAUACCUAUACAUAUUUGAUGAAUAUAUAUAUAUGCAUACACAUAAAAAGGAUAUAAAUGAAUAUUUUAAUUUUGUGAACGUUUUAAAAAAGAAACAAAAAUUAAGAUACAGGGUAUAUCAUUUCUUUUGUAAAUCAAGCAAAGAUAUAGGAGAUGAAAUAACUUAUUAUAAAAAAUAUAUUAAAGAAAAAUAUUUAAAGAAAAAUAAAAGGAAAGAUAAUAAAAUGUAUAAUUCAAUGAUUAAAGAAAAAGGUAUUGAUAUAAAAAUGAAAAAGGAUAUAACUUUCAAGAGUAGAAAUAAAAAAGAAAAUGAUAUAUGUGCUAGAAAUCCAGAUGGUUCAAAAAAUUUAUUGAUGAAGGAAAAUAAGAGUGUGUCUUUAAAAUCUCUUUUUAUAGAUAAUAAAAAGAAUUAUAGUAUUAAGAGUAUACAUUUUAUGAGAGACAUAUAUAGAAAGAAUUAUAUAAAUUACCAUAUGAAAAUUAAUAUAGAAAAAUAUGAGCAUAUAUGUUUCUUAUUUUUAAUAACUGAAAUGUUAUCUGUUGUUUUAUUACCAUAUAUUAAUUUUCAUAUUCCUUUUGUAUAUACGAAAAUAAAUAAAAAUAUAAAUGAUAUGGAAUUUACGCACAUAGAUAAAUUUAGGUUUGAAAAUAAGUGUUAUGAUAAUUAUGAUGAUGAUGAUGAUUAUAAUGAUUAUGAUGAUUAUGAGGUAAAAAAUAUUGAACAAUUAGACAUCCAAAGUGGGGAUGACAAUUAUAUCACUCAUAAUAAUCAUAAUAAUAAUAAUAGUAAUAAUAGUAAUAAUGAUGUUUUUAUGGGUGGCCUGUGUAAUUCUUCAAAUUUACAUAAUAUCAAUAACACGGUAGAUAAAAACAAUUUGAAUAACCUUGAAGUAAGAAACAAAUUAACUUUUUCUAAUACAUAUAACAUGAAGGACGCUAAAAAAAAAGAAAAAAAAAAAGUUUUAUUAUUUAAUAAAAAGAAAGGAACCAAAAGUACGUUAAAAACAUCAGCAAAAAGAAGUAAAAAAACAUAUUAUCAUAAAAAAGUUACAAGUAAUGCAAAGAAUGAAACAUUAUAUAUACAAAAGUAUUGUAUACACAAUGAAAAUAAAAUUAAAUAUACUAUAGGCAAAAGAAAUUCAUAUAAUCUUUUUAAUAGGAGAAAACAAAUAAACAAACAAAAAAUAACAGGUCACCAAAAAAAAAAGUAUAAUAAAAAUAAUUUAAAAAAAAACAAGGAUAAUGCAAUAUAUCAAUCAUAUGAUGAUAAUAAUAAUAAUAUUUAUUAUAUUGGCUUAUUCAAUAUGAAUAGAAUAAAUGAUAAAUUAUGUAAUAUAACCAAUUUAAAUGUAGGAACAAAAAGUAUAAUAGAACAAAAUUUUUUAUAUAACGAUUAUUACAGUAUAGAUAUUAAUGAAUUUAAAAAAAUAUUUCACAAUAAAGGAAAAUAUUUUCUAAUAAAAAAAUAUGAAAAGAUUAUUGCUUUAGCAUAUUUUACUAGAUUUAAUACAUAUUUAAUUUUUUCAUUAUAUGAAAGAAUAGCCAUGUUAAAUUAUUUAUAUUCUAACUAUAAUUCUGUUAUAUCCAUUUUAAGAUAUCUUAAUUAUGUGCAUUGCAAAUUAAUUAAUAAAUAUGCCCCUGAUCCUUAUAGUAAUAAAAAUAAAAAGAAGACGACGAUUCAAAAUAUUCAUAAUGAUAAAUAUGAAUAUAAUCAAAAUGAUAAAAGUGAUAAAUAUAUAUUUUCUAGUGACAAUAUAUAUAGAGGAAAAAACAAUCCAACCAUUGAUAAUAUAAGGUUAAAUAAUUAUGAUACAAAUGAAUAUAAUAUAGAACAUAAUAGAUAUAAAAAUAAAGAUAUAAAUGAUAAGCCAGAUAAUACAAAUAUUUUCUUUUAUAUGAAAAAUGAAGACAUUCCUUUUAAGGAUUAUAUAUUUAAUACAUAUAGUACGAAUUAUAUAAAUGAUAGAAAAUAUAUAACAGAAGAAAGUAAUAAAUAUGUUAAUGAAAAUAUUUUUGAAAAAAUAGCUAAUAUUAAAUCAUUUCGUUUUUCUUUAUUUUUUGAUAUAUUUUUUGAAUUAAAGGUAAAUUUUAAUCAUUUAAUUAAUAGUCAUAUAUGUGUUCAGAACGGAUUGAAAUAUUUAUUUUUUUAUAUGAAAAACUGUCACAAAUUUAAUUUAAUUAUUGAUUGUGAGCAGAAGGUUAAAAGGAUAGAGCAUAUGAAUUUAUUUUAUGAUAAUAUAACUGACAAGGAAAAAGAAGAAAAUUACGACAACAAAAAAAUGUGUGAUAAUAAAAUUUAUGAUAAAAGUUGUUAUUAUUAUAAUAUUUAUAAACCAAGAAAUAAUUUUGAAAACACGACUAAUAAAUAUAAAAGCAAUGAAUAUAAUCCACACCCUGAUGAGAAUAUAUUUAUAAAAACCAAUUCAGGUGUUGUUCUUUCGAAAAAAAAUUUCUUAGAGUUGAAAAAAAGUGGUGAGUACACUUUACAUAUUAAAGACAUAUUAAGAGAAGGUAAUACAAAUUAUAUACAUAAAGAACAUAUAAAUCAUAAUAAAAAAAAAACAAACAAAAACAAUUCUUUGAAUGAUUUUUCUUUAAAUACACAUGUAUCGAAAGAUUCAACAAAAUAUUCAAAUAUACAAAAUGAUAAAUAUAAUAAUAUGGAAAAUAUUGAUUAUAGUAAUAAAUCAUCAGAAUGUAUGAAUAAAAAAGAUACAAAUAAUAAAUAUAAGAAAUAUAUUACAAAUGAUAUAUUUAUAAAUAAUAAAGAAUAUAUAUUUGAUUAUAAAUUAGAUAUGAAUAAAUUGAGAGGAAGUAAACUUUAUUUUAUUAUUGGUAUAUCAUUAUUAAAACAGAUAAAUACAAAUCCUUAUUAUGAUAAUAUAAAAGAGGUUCAUUUUAUAUAUGAAGAAGAUGAUUUAAUUAAUAAAGAAAUAAAUAUAAAUAAUAUAGUAAAAAAUGAUUAUACUGAAUUAUUACAAUUAAGUUAUAAAUAUAUUAUGAAAAGUAUACAUAUAGAUCCUAAUAGUAUAUUAAAUUAUUAUUAUUUAUGUAUUAUUUAUUUAUAUAAUCUAAAAAUUAAUAAGUGUAUAUAUAUUUGUAAACAUUUUUUAAUCAGACAUAAUAUUUAUGAUAUGUAUACAUUUCCUUUUUUUAUGUUAAGUUUGACUGUAAUGAGUUGUAGAACAAUACAAGGUAAAUCAAAAAGGAAAUACGAAAUAAAUUAUGAUAAUAAUAAUAUAAAUAUGAAGCAUAAUUAUAAGGACAAGUACUAUUCUAUGCAUUAUAGAGGUAAUCAACAACAAUGUAAAAACAAUAAAAUGGUUUAUGAUCAUAUGUCACCCUUUGAAAAAUAUAACAAACAAUAUGCUUCAAUGCUUGAUAGAGUAAAAAUAAAUUCUCCCAAUUUUUUUAAUUCAAUAACGAAUAUUAAAGAUAUAUAUAACAUGAAUAAUAAAAAUGUUUCGAAUAAUAAAAAUCUAUCUCUUGAUUCAAAUCUAUCAAUAUCUUCAAAUGAUACCAAUAAUUCAAACAAAUUAUGCAAUAUAAGUAAUAUACUCAACUGCAAUAUUUUGAAGAAUAAGGAAGAUGAAAUUGUUGUAUUAAAAGAAAAUGAUGAAAAGAGACUAACAAAUUUAUAUACCAAUAAGAAUGAACAUAGUUGCGAUGAAAAAAGAAAAAAUACAUCUAAAAAAAUGAUUAUUUUUUCUGAUACUACAAAUAAGGAUUUAAACAAUAGUACAUUUAAAACAAAAGGAAGUCUCAUAGAUAAAAAUAUUAUUAAUAAUGAAAAAAAUAAGGAAAGGAAAAUAUCCGAGCAAAAUAAAAAGGAUAUUAUUUCAACAAAGAUUAAUGAUGAUUUAUAUCAAAAAAGAGAAUUAUUGAACAAAGAUUUCCUUGACUUAUUAAAUAAGGCUAUGAACAUAUUUUGUAAUAAUUUUUUUUUCCUAUAUAUAUAUGUUUAUUAUAUUAUUCAUUAUUUUUCACUUUAUGAUAUAUUAUUCAUAUGGGAGAGAAAAAAUAAAAAGAAAAGAAAUGAAUAUAAAAAGUAUAAUCAACAGACACAUUUUCAAAAUAUGUCCUUAAAUAAUUUAAUUAAUUGUAAUGGUUCAGAGUCUGAUAUGAAUAAUGAAAAUAAUAAUCCUUUCAAUAUUAUGAACAAGAAAAAUAAAGGAAAUAAAAAACUAACAAAUUGUAUUAAAGAAGAAAUUGAUAAAAUAUUAUUUUCGAUGAAAAUAUUAGAAGGUACGAAUUCUAGUCAAAAUGAUGAAAAAAAUAUAAAAAAUAGAAAAAAAUUAAAUACUCCAAAUAUAUAUCAAACGAAUAAAAAGAGAACUAGAUAUUUGUAUAACAAAUUAAGUUAUUUAAACAACAUAAAUAAAAAUUAUAAUAAUAAUUAUAAUAAAAAUAAUAAAGAUUAUAUUGAUAUUAGUAAUAUAAAAUUAUUACCAUGUUGUAUACCUAUAUUGGUUAUAUUAUAUAAAUAUAUACAUAGAAAUAUUUGUUCUAAAAAGACAAAAAAUAAUUCGGACGUAUAUAUAUAUUUUUAUAUACAUAAUUUAAUGUCUGAAAUAAAUAUUAAUAAAAUCACAUGUGAUUUACAUAAAAAUAAUUGUUGUAAUGAUGGCACCAAAAAAGAUCAAAUUGAUGAUAGUAAUUGUUUUUUUAUAUAUUCAAAAGAAAAUGAACAAAUAAUAAAUAAAAAUAAUUUUUUUUAUAAUAAAAUAAAACGUAGUACAUCAUGGAUCAAUAAUGAAGAUAAUACACUCUUAACAAAACAUCCUGAUGAUCAUAAUAAUAAUGUAAAAAGAAAAAUAAGUUUAAAAAAUAUAUAUUUAGAAACUAUGGUGUGGAUAGGUUUAAGUGAGAUUUUUAUAUAUCUAAAUGUAUAUCCAAAACUUAUUGUAUAUUUGUUUCAUAUUAUUAAUACGUAUAUAAAUUUCUAUUUAAGUUUGAAUAAAAAUAAUAAUACAUAUAACUAUGAGAAAUGUAAUUUUUUUUAUAAUUUAACUCACCAGUUUAUGUGUGUCAAAUGUCUAUUUCUUUUUUAUUUAUAUAAUAGAUCUACAAGCAAAAAAAUAUAUAAUAAAAAAUUUAAGAGGAAACAAGAUAAAUUAAAUAAUAAUAUCCCUGAAAUAUUACAAUAUGAUAAUAUAUAUAGCAGAAGAAAAAAAAUAAUAUUAAAUAAAGAAAAUUUUAUGUCCUUUAAAAAUAUAUAUAUAAAAAUUCUAUUAUUCGAGAGAGAAACACAGAAGGGUAAUAUACAUAUGGAUAUUUUUGAUAACCAUGAAAUAUUGAUAGAAAACAAUUAUGUAUGUUUACAACAUGAUCAUAUUCCAGAAUAUAAUUUUAAAUUGCCAUAUCGUAUUAUAGACAAAAAUAAAAAAUCAAAAUCGAAAUUCUGGCCUUUUAAAACAAAAAAUAAAGAUUUUAAUACUAGAAAAAAUGAUAUAAAAGAUAUAAAUAAAAAAAAUAAACAUAAUGUAGUAGAAGAUGUGAAAAAAGAAAAUGUUGAAAAGAAUCAUAUAUUAUCUGAUGAUAAUCAAAAAAAUAAAAUAAAUAUAAAAGAACAUAAAGAAUUAAUAAAAAAAUUACAUUUAGAUGAAAAGAAAUUAUUUAAUUCAUUUUUUUAUCAUAAUAGCUUAAAUAAAAGACAUAAAGAAUAUAAAAUAAUAAAAAAUUUGAAAAUAUAUUUAUCCUUAAUGACCAAAAUAUAUUAUAAUGAUAGAAAGGUUCAAAUUUUAUAUGCUCGUUAUUAUUUUUUAAAACAAAAAUAUAUAAAGGUUAUCAAUAUUUUAUCUUUACUUAAUGAUCAUUAUAAAAAAAAAACAUAUUAUUUUAAAAGAGACGAACAAGGAUAUCUUACAAGUAUACAAAAAGAAAAUAACAAUAAAUCAAAUAAUAUAUAUUUAAAUAAUAUCUUGUUUUUCCAUUUAAAUAACCAAUCUGAUUUUUUAUAUGAAUAUAUAAAUAUAUAUAUGUAUUAUCAAUCAUAUAUCAAAUUAAAAAAUUACAAAAAAGCUAAUUAUUAUAAAAAUAUCUUAAAUACUAUAUUUUUAUAUUGUCCAAUUAUACCUUUCCAUUCCUUCCCAUUUAUAAAUCUUUAA